CAACCUUCAACUGCAUCACCACUGGCUCCUCCUGUACAUCCAUUUCUAAAUGUGUUAGAAGGUCGGACAGUCUUUGGAAGAGUUACAUCGAUUAGGAGCUCUAAAAAGGGGUAUGUCGAUAUGCAAUGCUCAAACAUCAAGGUCCAUUUGAAUGCUGGAGCCAUACUAGUUUUCUCUGGGGUUGGUGUGUUUUACAACAUCAAGGUCCAUUUGAAUGCUGGAGCCAUACUAGUUUUCUCUGGGGUUGGUGUGUUUUACAACAUCAAGGUCCAUUUGAAUGCUGGAGCCAUACUAGUUUUCUCUGGGGUUGGUGUGUUUUACAACAUCAAGGUCCAUUUGAAUGCUGGAGCCAUACUAGUUUUCUAUGGGGUUGGUGUGUUUUACAACAUCAAGGUCCGUUUGAAUGCUGGAGCCAUACUAGUUUUCUCUGGGGUUGGUGUGUUUUACAACAUCAAGGUCCAUUUGAAUGCUGGAGCCAUACUAGUUUUCUAUGGGGUUGGUGUGUUUUACAACAUCAAGGUCCAUUUGAAUGCUGGAGCCAUACUAGUUUUCUAUGGGGUUGGUGUGUUUUACAACAUCAAGGUCCAUUUGAAUGCUGGAGCCAUACUAGUUUUCUAUGGGGUUGGUGUGUUUUACAACAUCAAGGUCCAUUUGAAUGCUGGAGCCAUACUAGUUUUCUAUGGGGUUGGUGUGUUUUACAACAUCAAGGUCCAUUUGAAUGCUGGAGCCAUACUAGUUUUCUAUGGGGUUGGUGUGUUUUACAACAUCAAGGUCCAUUUGAAUGCUGGAGCCAUACUAGUUUUCUAUGGGGUUGGUGUGUUUUACAACAUCAAGGUCCAUUUGAAUGCUGGAGCCAUACUAGUUUUCUAUGGGGUUGGUGUGUUUUACAACAUCAAGGUCCAUUUGAAUGCUGGAGCCAUACUAGUUUUCUAUGGGGUUGGUGUGUUUUACAACAUCAAGGUCCAUUUGAAUGCUGGAGCCAUACUAGUUUUCUAUGGGGUUGGUGUGUUUUACAACAUCAAGGUCCAUUUGAAUGCUGGAGCCAUACUAGUUUUCUAUGGGGUUGGUGUGUUUUACAACAUCAAGGUCAAUUUGACAUUCAGUUGUUCUGGCUCUUAUGCACUGUCUAAAAAAAGAUCCCACGAAUCAAAAGGUCAGUUCAGUCGGUCAGAACUAAUAUGCCAAUGACUAAAGGGGUUUCUCAAUAUGACAGAUGUACUGUAUGUAGGUAGAUACUGAUUCCUGCUCCUGAUUCCUGCUCAAACCACCCUCAACAAAGAGGUCAGUUCGGUUAGCCAGAACUAAUGUAUGUAAAACAACGUUCCAACAACGUAAAUGUCAGUUCAGCCAGGCAGAUGUAAUGUAUGUAAAACAUUCCAGAAACAUCAAUGUUUGCUCAAUUAUCCGUCAGUAACUAGGGGUCCCCCGGGCAUGGAACUUCCAACAUCUGUGUAGGCCUAUGCUGAUUGAUAUGUAUCUAACCUCUAACCACAUUUCAAUGAAUUAUGAUUUCUUGUUAACGGUCAAUUGACUAACCACUUGUGUAGGUUAAUACAGUGUUUUAUCCAUUUCACCUCCUCCAUCCACCUCUCUCUU